AUGAGCGCACAAGGACACAUUGAUUGGUUGGAUAAGGGCAAAAAUCGAUGCCAUAUCUACUGGAGGCGUCCUGAGGAGUGGGCAUCGCUGAUUUACGAGUGGGCUGUUAGCAACGGGCUGCUUAACACUCCUUGCACACUGUACGAGAUCACACAAGGUGACGACGUCGCACAAGAAUCCUUUUAUGGUCUCGAUAAAGACGUGUUGCUGAAAGCUCUGGUAAUUCUCGUGGAGCAACGUCGAGCGCAGCUACUCAAUAUUGGCACGGAGGCGGAAGGCGUGAAGAAAAUGACAGCUGCAGCUGACAGUUCACUGCAGGAGGGAAUCGACUGCAAGAUUGGUGUUGUAAAUUCUACGGGUUUUUUGAGCAAUAACGAAAGAAUUGAAGAGGGCGACACUGUGAUUAUUUAUGUGAACUACGGGACGUGUUAUGCGGUGGAAGUGAAGCGUGGCCUCACGCUCACAAUGAAAUAUGGCGCCCUGAAACACGAAUAUCUUAUUGGUAAAUGGUGA